AAUUAUCUCGUGUGUUUGGUGAUUAUAAAAUUCCAUACAAAUCUAAAUUUUUUUUUUAUUUUUGUGUAUAAAAACAUACGGUCUACAAUGAGGACUUUACCAUUUGUUUUUCUUUUGCUCAUGGGAAUGACAUGGAGAUGUGUGUUGUCCACUUGUGUACUAGAAACUGAUUUCGGACUCACUUUAAAUUGCGGUUUGAAAAAAUCUGGAAUGUUCAGAGUCCGAAACCUAGGAGGUCUUAAAGGAUACGUUGGUCUAGGUAUACAAUUAGCCGAUGAACUUGGUUUUAAAGAGUCAUUAUCUACUUUGGAGCAAAACAAACGACGUUCCGUGAACGGUUUCCCAGCACCAGGAUCGUUUGAACCUUUGGAAGUGCUAUCCGAAAACAGUCAAAUGGCGACUAAUCUAGUAACGUCAAAUGCCGAUAGAACUCUAUACGCCAAAAUGAAUGGUAAAACCAAACAAGUUCCUCCGUUUAGACCUUUGAUAGCUGUUGCAAACAACAUAGUGCGUAACGUACGACUUGCACAACAGCAACCUUUGCUCAAGCCACUUCCGGUGCCUGCAUUUGCUGCUCUACCAGAAUCGAUAGCAAAAGUAACGGUGGCCCCAACAGUGAUCACACCAUCAAAUUAUGGUGUUCCAAAUAAUAUGGUAUCAAACAGGAUAUCCAAUAAUUUCCUACCGAAUAAUUUCGCGAAAAAUGUGGUACCAAAUAAUUUAGGGCAAAGUUUAUUACUGAAUAGUAUGGUGGUACCGAGUACAAUUCCACAGAUGCGAAUACAAACACCACAACAACAACAGUUUUCCAUGCAAAACGAAGCUAACAGAAGAUUUGCGGCGUUCACACGAAAUCCACAAAAUUCAAUUGAUACUCGGCCGGUGUACGCGGUGGCCGCGAGUGUAGAACCCAACCACGAGAAGCUACCAAGUUACGGUAAAAAAGCCGAAAAACAGCCUCUGUCUAAUGAAGUAGACCCUGUGGCCAUGACAUCAUUAUUCAAUGUUGCUGCUGCCAAUAACGUUAGCGUCGAACAACUGGCAAUAGCAUUGCGACAUCAACAACAACGUGUUCCCUAUUCACCAGUAUUGCCAGCCAGCACUACGACGGUGAGUGCAGCGACUUCUACUACGCCUUUGCCGCCGAUCACCAUUAUUACCACCGAAGCACCUCCUGUCACUAAAAAAAUUCUUAUGAAACCGUUCAAAUCCAAAUACGGAAGUGGCCAGAAGGUGAUGAACGCCCCAAAGGAAUACUAUCCCGUUGGCUACGAUAAAAACUUCGACGACAACUUCACGUCCAAAGUAGACUUACCCGAUACCAGUUUUAGCUGUGGUAAUCAAAAACAUUUCCCGGGUCUUUACAGUGAUGAAGAUCUUGGUUGCAUGGUGUUCCACGUUUGUGCAUUUACUGACGAAGGAUUAACUCAAAAGAGUUUCUUGUGUCCUGAAUCAACACUGUUCGAUCAAACUAUUCUGAAAUGUAAUUGGUGGUUCUACGUAGACUGCAAAUCUUCAAAGAAGCUUUACGACAGCAACAUUCCAAUAUCAAAAAGUUAUCAACUUAUGAAAGCUUUGACAUUCUUCUCGACGUAUAAUAGCGGGCCAAUGGAAUCAAACAACGAUGACAAGUCGUCUAAUCAAACUAUAAGUGAAAAUCCUUCAUCUCCCACUUUAAUGUCUAAUCCUGCGUCACCAAUUAAUAUCACAGAAGUUUUACAACCCGUGACUGCUAAAUAAUUAUAGGUCUUUCGUUUAUCCUUAAUAAUUUUUUUAAUGAUUCGCGUAUUAACGAUAAGUGUAUCGUUAUAACGUUCCAAAUACAAUAUAUUUUAACUUUAAAAGCGAAAAUUCCUCGAUAUAGUGCAGUCAGGUCUAUUGAAGUACUUUUUACGAUUACGAAUACUUUGUCAAUACCACACAAAACUUAAAUAACGUUCUAGCCAUUUAAUCUUUUUGUAUCUGUAUAACUGAAGUUAAAAAUACCACAAACCGUUUGAAUUUUAAUAUAAUAUACUAAACGACUUCGCGAUACGUAUAUACUUUAUAGGUGUAUACUACAGAUACAAAAGUUAAAUUAAAAAAUAAAAUAAUUAAAUCCCCUCGUUUGACCAUAUUAUGCAAAUGGUGUCAAGAAAAUUUCAUAGCCAUUUGUUUUUACGAGACGAAGUCGUUUACAUAAGUAUAUUUAUACUUUAAUAUUAUUUUAGUGCAUAUUAGAAAAGGUGAUAUAUUAUAGUUAGUGAGUGCGACUGUUAUUUUUGUACAUUGUGAUAAUUUCAGUAUAGAAAAUCAUUGUACAUAAUUUGUUAUAAUAUUUUUUGAACAAAAAAAUAUUUAAAUAAUGCUCAUUUUAGUAGGAACUUUUGACGUUCUAUAUAAGUAUACACGGGUAGUUUUUUGUUUCAAAAAAAAAAAAAAUGGCGUCAUUUGUAUUAUAAUCUACUUAAAUUAUUUUUAAUUAUUUAUUAUUAUAUCAUUAGCAGAGCUUUUAAAAUGUUUGUUUUUAAUCAUUUU